CCCACUCUGACCACGCAACACAACCACCAUCUUGAGCCACGAAGAUCUUUUUCGAUUCACCUCGGACAAACAUUGCACAUCUUAUAAUUAUUAAUGUCUCUGCCUCCUCGUCUUCGUGGCCACAGUGUUGCACUUUUCGCCAUGGAAUCAACGCCUGAACCUGGCCUCGGAAUGCCACAUAAUACCCUCAAACGAAAUCGUUCACAGACCAUCGAUGCAAUGCCAGAGGAGCUACCUGACCUUCCAAAGCUUACAGGGCAUAUUAUUCUUGAAGUCUUCACUCACAGAUCUCUCCGACUGGCGUGCAAUGCCCAGUUUCGUGACAACGAGCGAUUGGCAGUCCUUGGCCACAAUCUUUUAGAGAUGAUGACAACACAACUACUUUUCUUCCGAAAACCCAAGCUUACAGUGCAUCAAAUUGAGGUACAACGAGCACAACUCUUGACUGACGAAACGAUUGAUAUCUGGUCAAAACUGUACCGGCUGCGAGAGGAGCUUCGUUGUGACCCCAGGUGUCUACAAUCACUCCAGACUCCCGAGGAAGGGCGCCUAAUAUUCAAUGCCUAUCUGGGAGCCGUGUUCCUCGAGCACGGGCUCCAGACAGUGCACGAGUGGAUAGGCGGCCUCCUUCGACUGUCCACUACGAUACUGAACGACAAUCGCGAUAUGGAUGUUGAUAUUGCCUCGAUAACUUCGAAACCCUCGUCACCUGCUCCCACCUCAAAACGAAUUAAAGUAGAAGAGCCUUCUGCUCCUCCACCACCGUUACCAUCAUUUCCUCCUCCACCAGUUUACCAACUGCCAUCACGUUUUUCGCCUCACCAGCCGCCCCCACAAACACGAUUCUCGGUACAACCACUGCCACCACCACUUAUACACCCGCGGACCAAUUUUUCGCAAUUACCUCAACCUACUCAUUAUAAUCCGUAUUCAAGUUUGCGGCCACCUCUGGCUCGGCCCCCGUCUCCCCCAAGGAUCUCACCUCCAAAUCCGCUGGCCCCGGCUCAACCUCACCUUGCAUUCCUACCACUGUUCAAUCAAACAGCUCAUCAACGUGGUGUGAGCGUCAGUUACCCAGCGUCACUAGUGGGUCCUCCCCAUGCCGGAAAAUGGAACGUGACUUGCGUUGUUGAUGGGAUCGAGAAGGGUAAAGGAUGCAGCGACACUAAGCAGCAAGCUAAAGAACAAGCUGCAAGACAGGCUUACUACGAAAUGGGAUGGGCACCUCGAGGUUAGCGCCAUCAGAUGCAGGGGUACUAGGCGUUUCUCAUAGCAGUGCUAUUCGGGCAAGUUCCAACCACGGACUCUUACCGGAGCAUAUGGCUGUGUGCCCGAACAGCACUAUUAUAAGAUAUAUGACUUGUCUGACGUCCUGUGUUCCGGCAGUUUUGUAGGAACGGAGUGGCGAACAGAGGAGUUAUCUGUAUGAGCAUUACAUAGUAGGGACCAACGUGACCAUGGUGGAUGGAGUCUAAUUAUUAUCUUGUUCGCGUCAGG